CCAUGUUGGAUUUCUAAAAAUAAACAGUGAGGACUGUCGGCGAAAUAUCUUCCAGAUUUUGACAGUUAUUUCAAUAACAUGGUCUUGUUUGAAUAAAUAAUUCGUUUCAGAUUCAGCAAUGGCUUUGAGCAAAGUAAAAGGACAGCUAGAGAGGGUUCUAGAUAAAAAUUUGCAAGACCUUGUUCGCGGAAUCCGAAAUCAUAAGGAAAACGAAUCCAAGUAUGUUGCUGAAUGCCUUGAUGAGAUCAAGAAUGAGUUGCGGCAGGAAAAUGUGGCGGUCAAGGCAAUGGCUGUCAAUAAACUCACAUAUCUGCAAAUGUGUGGGUAUGACAUCAGUUGGGCUGCUUUCAAUGUGAUUGAAGUGAUGAGCUCCCCAAAAUUCACAUUCAAGAGGAUAGGUUACCUGGCAGCUUCCCUAAGUUUCCACGACGGCACUGACGUCCUUAUGCUCACAACAAACAUGAUCAGGAAGGACCUGAGUAGCCAAGGGCUGUAUGACGCGGCUGUGGCCUUGAACGGACUGUCAUGCUUCAUCACUCCUGACCUCGCUCGUGACCUGGCCAAUGACAUCAUGACCCUGAUGACAUCCACAAAGCCAUACCUACGUAAGAAGGCUGUGCUUAUCAUGUAUAAGGUGUUCCUGCAGUUUCCCGAGGCACUCCGGCCUGCUUUUCCACGCUUAAAGGAGAAACUAGAAGAUGCUGAUCCAGGUGUGCAGUCAGCAGCAGUGAAUGUGAUUUGUGAACUGGCCCGUAAAAAUCCGAGAAACUAUCUUGCACUGGCUCCCUUGUUCUUCAAGCUGAUGACUUCUUCCACCAACAACUGGGUGCUCAUCAAGAUUAUCAAACUGUUUGGUGCUUUAACUCCAUUAGAACCUCGUCUUGGCAAAAAGUUGAUAGAGCCGCUAACAAAUCUAAUUCAUAGCACAUCAGCAAUGUCAUUGCUUUACGAAUGCAUCAACACAGUGAUAGCAGUACUCAUUUCUGUAUCUACAGGCAUUCCCAACCAUACAGCCUCCAUACAGUUAUGUGUUCAGAAACUAAGGAUUCUUAUAGAGGAUUCAGACCAAAAUUUAAAGUACCUUGGCCUGCUAGCGAUGUCAAAGAUCCUGCAGACGCACCCGAAAUCCGUACAGACACACAAGGACCUGAUUCUCCAGUGUCUUGAUGACAAGGAUGAAUCCAUACGAUUCCGAGCUCUUGACCUUCUCUAUGGAAUGGUAUCCAAGAAGAACUUGAUGGAGAUUGUGAAGAAGUUGAUGGUUCACAUGGACAAAGCAGAGGGCACAAACUAUCGGGACGAACUACUUGCCAAGAUCAUACAGAUAUGCUCUCAGUCCAACUACCAAUAUGUCACCAACUUUGAGUGGUAUGUGAGCAUUCUGGUGGAGCUGACACGCAUGGAGGGUACGAGACACGGUCGACUGAUUGCAGCACAGAUGCUUGAUGUGGCCAUCAGAGUCCAAGCCAUCAGGCCAUUCUCAAUAGCUCAGAUGGCUGUGUUACUGGAGAAUGCCCACCUGCUUGCCAACAACUCUCAGCGUAAUGGUAUAUGUGAGGUGCUGUAUGCCGCUGCAUGGCUGUGUGGGGAGUUCCCAGAUCACCUGACAGACCCCAAAAGUGUCCUGGAAGCAAUGCUGAAGCCAAAGAUUACUGUCCUGCCAGGUCAUAUCCAAAGCGUGUAUGUCCAGAAUGCCAUCAAACUGUACGCUAACAUCAUCAAGCGUGCCGAGGGGGAGGGUGGCUUGGAGACAGUUAGGGACGUUGGAGAAAUGUUACAGGAAAGACUGCCAAUCUUCAUACAGAGCUCAGAUCUGGAGGUCCAGGAAAGGGCAUGCUGUAUGGUCCAGCUGGUGAAGUAUGUACUGAAGCUACAGGACAAGGGUGGUGAGGCGGCUGCUGGAAUCGCGGAGGAAAUUAACGCCCUGUUUGCUGGAGAACUCAACCCAGUGGCGCCUAAGGCUCAGAAAAAAGUGCCAGUGCCUGAAGGACUUGACCUAGAUGCGUGGAUUAACGAGCCACCUUCAGAAAGUUCUGAAGACGAUGAUGAAAAGGUUGGAGGAUCCAUAUUUGUGCCAACCACCCAUGAUGACCACAGAUCAUUCUACAGCGAACCAAAGAAAAAAGUACCUGAACUCACGGAAGAAGAAAUGCAAAAGAUGAAACAUCAGAGGAUGGCAGACCAAGAACACAAUCCAAACUACCUCAAGCCAUCCAAGGGAAAUAACAAGAAGAGUAGCACCAAGGAGGAGGCCAAUGGUGUGAUGGAGAUUGACCUCUCUGUUCCCCUCCAUGUACCAGGUGGAACCCAAGUGUCUGGAUUUGCUUCCUCCGACAAGUACAUGCAGUUGGAAAAUGAGGAAAGAAGAAAGCGUAAAAGUGGGAAGAAGAAGAAACGUAAGAAGAAGGGUGCAGCUGCGGACAGUGAUGAAGACGACAUUCCACAGGCACAUCAGGUGUCCACAGUAGAGGAAUUACCUGAGGGUGCUGAAGCAGUUUCGGACAAAGAAGAUGGAGGUGGAGACGAGCUGUACAAAAAACUGGACAUUGACCUUGAUGAACCACUUAAGCCAGGUGAUAUGUUACCAGUUCCUACACACCGUAUAGUGUCAGACCACACCCUUCCCGAGGCCACAGAGCCGGAAGAGGGACGUAAACACCGGAAGAAGGACCGCGGGAGUAAGAAGGAGAAGAAGAAACGGAAAGAGGAUAAGACGGAUAAGAAGAAGCAUAAGAAGAAGACCAAGGCCACUCCUGAUGAGCCCAGCCUAAUGAUGGAGGACCAUGAGGAGAUAGACGGGGAUAACACCCCCCUCACCUCACCCCGCAAUACACAACCUCCUACACAGGUCGGGGAGGAAAAUGGGGAGAAGAUGAAUGACCUAGAUUUCUGGUUGUCUGGUAAGGAUGCAGCCACUCCCUCUGAGCCCUUGCAUGGGGCCAUAAUGGUCAGUGAAGUGAAGGUCACACCCCUACAGGACCUCUCGUCAGACGAGGGGGCCAAACCUGAUAAACCUGAUAGCUCUACACAUUCCAAGAAAAAGAACAAAAAGGAGAAGAAGGAAAAAAAGGAGAAAAAAGAGAAGAAAUCCAAGAAGUCACGCCUCAGGGCUGAAGGUUACGAGGAGACUGGGGGGAUAACUACGCCUUCACAGGAACAGGUGCCCCCUGCACAGGCUGACACACCUGUAAAUGUAAAGCCAAUGUCCAGUUACAGGUUACUGGCUGAGAAUGCUACCAUUAAAAUGACGUGCGAGACUCGCGUCAGCCCCCAGCGUGGAGACCAGGUUGUGCUAUCUGUUGUGUUCACCAAUUUUACUGCCAACAUCAUCAAGAACCUUGAGUUUAACGUCAUGGAUACACUCAACACCAAGCUUGAUAGAGGGAUGGGUCAUUCGAACCAUGAUGCAGUGCCGGUGCCGUUCGUUCUUCCUCCUAGUGUUAGCAACGAGGGACAGUUUGCGUUCAACGUUGACAGUCUCUCACAACCGUCAAAGCUACGCGGAACUCUGACUUAUAUGGUCAAGAUGGAUGAUGGCUCAACACAUGAGAAACUAGACUUCCGUCUCACCCUUGACUGUAGCUCUUUCAUAGUGGCUGUCCCCUGUAAAAGUACUGAAUUUGCAUCCCUUCUCGGCUCAGGAGAUUUAACGGAGAAGGGAACUAUAAAAUGUACUCCAGUCGAUACAAACUUUGAUGGAGCUCUUCUUAGAAUUUGCUUUUACAAUCAUUUCAAAGUUGUUGAGAAGGUGGAAGACAGUGCCUCACUGUACGGACGGUCAAUACAGGGUCAACACCUCUGUCUUCUAGUCAAACAUGCCAAAGGUGAAGUCACAGUCGAUGGAAAGUCUUCAGAUGGCUCACUUCUUUCUAACGUUCUCGGAGAAAUCAAGACCGUUUUAACGUCCGAGGUCUUAUAGCAUCGUCACGCAAUAAAGGCUCUUCCUACUGUAUAGGGUCGGCAUGCAGUCUGUGUCUCAAAACAUUGUUUUGGACUUCAUAUUUGUGAUAGCCAUGCAAACAUUGGCAACACACGGAAAACUUUGUGAUUUCAUGCAACUCCAAUUUGUCCAUCCAUUAUAUAGAUUAUAUAAACCUUAUAAGAUACAAAUGUAUAUUUUUGCAGCCAGUUGAUUAGUUAAAUCUUUGUUCUUGGUUGAUUGGAAUUUGAUUUGAAGCCAUUUAUUCGUACAUAAAUUGUUCUGAUAGUUAUGAAGUUGAGGUUUUGUGGGCUUCAUUUUUUACAAAGAAUUUAACUACACAUUCUUUUGAAAUGUUCUGUUUCAGUACAUCGCUUUCUAUAAUAUGUAGUGAUGUUCCGAUGAUCGAUUAUAAUCGAAAAUCGAUUGGUUGGGUCUGAAAUUGGCGACAAUUGAUUGUAUUUGGUUAUAAUCAAUCAUCGAGAGAAAAAAAAUAAAAAUGAUUAGUAAGUGUUCAGAUGUUAUCUUUAACAAAAUGGCUGAUGAGUGCCACAAUAAGCAAGAAAAUGAACUAUUUUUAUACAACAACACUAAAUAACUUCAAUUAUAGACAUAACGUAUACAGUAUGCAUAUAAUGAUUUAGAGUUUAAUACUGUACAUGAAUACAACUACAAUUCAGGUACUAUCUAGUAUUUAAAAAAACAACGAUUGUACUAUCGAUGAUAAGUUACUUGUGUGAACCGACGAUUCCCAACACUAAUUAUAUGUUAUCAUAUUGCUACAUUGUUAGUGAUACUUUUAAUUAAAGAGCGGAGAAGGCAUUGCAAAAUGUUCUAGGUAUUUUUGGCUUUUCAGUUGAGGUAUUGUGACAUCUUUGCAUCGUCAUUGGCCUUUUAUUAUGCAAAAAGAACUGUAUUUCCCUUAACUGGAAUUAAUAUCAAAAUAUUAUCAUGAAACUUAGUACACAUGUUACCAGCAACACAUGUAUAGCAAGGCCCAUAGCUUUAAUAUUUGUAUAAGAAGUAUGCCUCCUUUUGACGGAAAACAGACAAGAAAUGUUAUCCGCUUGCCAUGAAGGAAGUUGCAUGGAGAAACAUUACCAAAAAGAUUUAAUUUUUUGUUUUAAAUGACAUGAAAUAUCAUAUGUGUAUUUAUUUGCGAGGGACUGUCAUUUUUAACUGUAUUUUUGUGUAAAAUAUUCAUAGUGCUAUUGUUUCAAAACUUACAUUUAAUUUGUUAUGUAUUUUAGAACAAAUUCAUGCGGAAUAUUGCUUUGAUAAACGUGCAAUUCGUUAUUAUAAGGUCACAUUAAAGGAAUAGAUUGUUUGGCCAAACCCGACUGAAUUACAAAAAUACCAGAUGUCUUCUGACCUCUUUGGUCUUAAAGGUGAGGAAGUAAAAUAAAAAGCAAACAAAAAACCUUCCUACCAACCCAUCCAUAAAAAUGUGGGUCAGGUUUGGUCAGACAAAGUAUGUUUUUUAAGUGUGGCCCAAGAGUGCUGUAUAAAUUGGUUUGCAUAUUACUCUUCUAUUCAUGCAGAAUGAUGUAAUACGUACAUGGCAUUGUUAAUUAUCAACAAUUCUUAACAAAUUGAAAAAAAAAUCUUGUUACUGAUGUAAAUGUAACUUCUAAUGUAUGUAUAAUCGAAGAUUUAUUUCAUUGAUUUGAUUAAAGGUGAAGAAAUAAACAGCUUUUCACAGUACUAAAUGUGGAUCUAAUUUGAUGUGAAUAAAUUGUUGUUUUCUUUAUGUAUCUAAGUAAGCACUUUGAGCUAAAGAUUCAUUGAUAGUUACUUCUAACAGUAUGUGUUUGUCCGGUUGUGUUUCAUUUUCUAUUUUGCCUUACAAACGAAAAUAAAAAAAAAAAUGCCCAAAUAACUAAUAUUGCUUUUCUGAAACAAUAUAUGGGACCAUUUACAAAUAUUCAUGCUACUGUAAUAUAAUUUUAUUCAAGUGUAUUACAGUAUGUAACCAGUAAUUAUGAAUAUACUAUUGCACUUAUAGAAAUAUUUGGACUCCAUUAAAAUACUCAGAGGUAACAAAUCUCUUUUUGAAUAAGAAACAAAGCAAUACAAAUGUACAUUUUUAUCAUCAUCAAUACAUUAAAGCAUCUUUUAUUUAAAAAACAAUUAAUAGUAAGGUUUAUGUUUUAUUAUUCAUUCCCCAAAAAACUUGUUUAAUCAAAUUCAAAAUAUAUGAAUGUUGGUUGAAUACCUUAACAUCUCAGAAAUUAAAAAGAGUUAAUUUUCUUUUUAAAGUUAAAAAUAACGACAUGUGCAAUUAAUUUUGUAAUUUUUGUUUUUGUUUGUAUUUGUUUAAUUAUUUGGGUCAAGUGGAAAUGAAUUUGUGAAUAAAUACUGAAGAAUGUUUUAAAUUUGUGAGGGUUUAUAUUUUUGCGAUUUUUGUUUGAAACAAUCUAAUUUGAUUAUUUAACAAUAGCAUCACAAUUUUUAACAAUGUGAAAGUGGUCCAAACCAAAAAAUUGCAAGAAAUACCUAGCAAAAUCUGGUUUAUUUACAGUAGUCAGAUGAGUGCCAUGUGCUGUUAUACAUAUAUAUAACAGUUAUACUUAUAAUAUGUUGGACAAAAAAAGUUAGAAGUCACUUGUAAAAUUUAUAUAUAACUUCAGCACACUCAUCUUGAAAUAAACAGAAAGAAAACAACAACAAAGAAUGCUUACAGGGAUGAUAAAAGUACAGGAUUAAUUGAGAAGUAACAAUUUCAGACUAUCCUCAAGUUUAGAGUUGCUGCAUUGUUUUUUUGGGGCAGGAUAUUUGCAUUAAAAAUAAUGAGACAUACCUUGAAAUGGAUAAAGAUUGCAUAAAACAUAUUAUAAACAAGCUCCAAGCUGUUUAACACUGGUUAGGGUCUGAAUCCCUCGUACUCAUACUUUUUUUUUCCGAAUUGAGAUUUUGGUCCAUUAUUCAAACAUUGCUUGAAAAUAGAAAUGAUUUUUAAAGUGACACUCUUUUUCAAAAUCAAAACAUAUACAUGUUUAACCAACAUAAAUUCGGUAUUCUUCAUAAGAAUAAUUGUUUUCGACAUUUAUCAAUUCCUUUUGGUAUGUUAAAACAUUUGUAUGAAUUGUGGUAAAUCUUGUUUGGGAGUAAGAGUGCAUCUUUUAACAAGUGAACCUAUCAGAAGUUUUCAGUUGCUUAAUUAAAGUUGGGUGAAGAAAUUAUAUGCAUAAGAUACUUGUCUUAAUAAAUCAUUCUUUACUUUUUUGUUGGGUGUAUAAAUGAUAUGCUUUGAUGUUACACCUGAUUUUGAGAAUUCUUUUGUGAGCAAUGGAUGUUGACUGUUUGAGAUGUACAUGCUUGAGUUAAUUAAUGUUACAAUCAUGUUUAAGAAUUAAUGUUACCCAUGUUUAUCCUGUCAUGUAAUUAUGCUGUUCAAUGCUUAUUUAAUGAAAGAAAUAAAUACUAGAUUUAUACAGA